AGCCUGGGGGGCAUGAUGCUGAACGUAGGAGUGGAGGUGAGCCAGAAUGCCAAUGGAUUAUCCGUGAGCCUUGCAGACUGCAGCUUCCACACUGAGCGCGUCAACGUCAUCUUCUCUGGGGGGAUGAGCUGGCUCUAUAAACACUUCACUGGAACCGCGAGCAAUUCCAUUCGACAGAAAUUGGACAGCACGGUGUGUGAAGAGAUAGGGAAGUCAAUGGGAUCUCUGGAAAGAAAACUACAGAACGUCCCAGAAUACAGCCAUAUAAGCUCCCUCAUAGACUGGGAUUAUUCAAUAGCAGCAGCACCACUGAUUACAGAACAAAGCAUUGAAGUGGACUUUAAGGGUGAAUUCUUCAACCCGGCCGGCCCCCAGGAAGUCCCAGACUCCCCCGCUCCAUUCUCGCUCCCGGAACAGAAUGACAGAAUGCUGCUCUUCGGGGUUUCGGAGUUCGUGCCCAACUCCGCGGCCUUCGUUUAUUAUAGGGCGGGGGCGCUGUCCUGCAACCUCACAGAUGAUAGCAAGAUCCCGGAGCAGUUUCCCAUCCGUCUCAACACCCAGAGCUUCAAACUCUUCGCGCCUGAGCUCCAGAAGCGAUUCCCAAACACACCAAUGGCCCUGAAGGUCUUUGCUAGACUUCCCCCCAGACUGCACAUUCAAUCCAGCUGUGUGCAGCUACGGUUUCCUGGAGCAGUCCAGGCCUUCGUUCUGCCCAAGGGAUCCUCAGAAGUACCGGUUUUCCUGUUGCAUGCUGAUAUCAACGUCACAGCCCAAAUCUUUGUUUCCGGAAAGAAUAUUUCGGCCAAUCUGACACUGACAAACUGCAACCUGACCCUGGCUCACUCAGAAGUGGGGGCCUUCUCGGUUAACAAACUGGAGACUUUGUUGAACGCUUCCCUGAAGUCAGUCAUACUGCCUCAGAUCAACAGAAAAUUCAACGAAGGCUACCCACUGCCCACUCUGUACAAGACCAGCCUUAAAGAUCCAGUCAUCAACAUCCAGGAGGGCUUUUUGGUUAUUGCCACAGAUGUCCUUUAUGGAGCCUGACCUAGGCCUGCUACCUGCUCCCGAAGAUCCAUCCCUAAAGUGGUUCCUGCCUGUGUUGGGUCACUAUCCCCCUUCAGCUGUGUCUGAUCCCCUUCCUCUUUUGUAGGGAUUCUGAUUCCUACAGGAGCCAGUCUUCUGGGCUGGAGGUAGGAGAGACUGUGGGGGCCUGAGGCUCCGUUCCAGAAGUUCAUGCCCUCAGUUAUCUAUCAGAUGCUGCUCUUGGGAAUAAAUAUUUUACCAAA